UCCCUCCCUCCUCCUCCUCUCCGCCUGCCAGAAGCCCCUCUCCGGCCGCGUAGGGAGCAUUCACACCCCGCUGUCGGCGUUUAGCGGAUGGGGCUCUCAGCCUGAGCCGGAGGGAGGAGGAGGAUGAACGGUAACCCGUGCGCCCGCAGGCUGGCCCGGCGAUCCAAGUCCGCCCUGCUGGUCGCGGCUUUGGCCGUCCUGCUGGUCCAGACUCUCAUCGUGUGGAACUUCAGCAGCCUGGAUUCCGCUGGCGGGGAGAGAGGAGCCAGGAGCCGGGAGAAGAGAGAGGAGCGUGCCGGGGGGUUCAACAAAGCCGACAGAGAGAACCAGAGGAGGGGGCUGCAGAGGAAGGACGAGCCGCCGCCGCCGCUCGGAAAGGCGGCCGUUCGGCACAAGCUACAGGCGGACGUCUACCAUUCCCACCGGCCCAAAGAGAAACUCCGCCCCGACAGCAACAACAAUGAGAACUCUGUCCCCAAAGACUUUGACACCAUCGACAGCAACAGUAACCUGGGAGCUCGCUCUCAACGCCAACGAGUACCGGUCCAAAACGCUAAACGCAAGCUGGAUAAGGUCCAAGCACAGGGAAUACUGGGAAAAAAUGCUAACGAGGUCCUCAAAUACCCCGCCGUCCAACCCAGAGGAACGGGCCACAAUCACAACCGCACCCUCGUCAGGAAACCACAUCCCCAAGUUCCAACGGUCUUAACGCCAGUUCAAGGGUCCAGUAAGGAUGCAGUGGUCCUCCAGGUGAAGAAGUCAGCGUCAGUGGAGACGAAGAAGGAGCAGCCGCAGUGUGAGAUCAGCGGGAAGGAAGCCAUCUCUGCUCUGUCCAGGGCGAAGAGCCGCGAGUGUCGGCAGCAGAUUGUGGAGGUUUACUGCAAGCACAAAGAGAAGGCGCUGAUGCCAGAGAAGGUGCCUCGCUUCUGCCCCAUUGAAGGUAAAGCUAACGUGAACAUUCAGUGGGAUGAGGACCCCUCAGAAGCUGCCCGACUCGUCCCUGUCCGGAUCGCCUUCGUCCUGGUCGUCCACGGCCGAGCCUCGCGUCAGUUUCAGCGUCUCUUUAAAGCCAUCUACCACACCUCACACUACUACUACAUCCACGUGGACCAGAGGUCCAACUACCUCCACAGAGAAGUCCUGUCUCUGGCUAGCCGGUAUCCCAAUGUCCGUGUGACUACCUGGCGGAUGUCCACAAUCUGGGGCGGGGCCAGCCUGCUGACGAUGUACCUACGCAGCAUGGAAGACCUUCUGAAAAUGACCGACUGGUCCUGGGACUUCUUCAUUAACCUCAGUGCUGCAGACUAUCCCAUCAGGACCAACGAGCAGCUGGUGGCUUUCCUGUCCAAGUACCGAACCAUGAACUUCAUCAAAUCUCACGGCCGAGACAAUGCACGCUUCAUCCGUAAGCAGGGUCUGGACCGUCUCUUCCUGGAAUGCGACACCCACAUGUGGCGUCUCGGUGACCGCAAGAUCCCAGAGGGCAUUGCAGUGGAUGGAGGCUCUGAUUGGUUCCUGGUGAACCGGCCCUUUGUGGACUACGUGGUGAACUCUAAAGACGAGCUGGUUGGAAGCAUGAAGCGCUUCUACGCCUACACACUGCUGCCAGCUGAGUCGUUUUUCCACACUGUCCUGGAGAACAGCGCUCACUGUGAGACCAUGGUGGACAACAACCUGCGGCUCACCAACUGGAACCGUAAACUGGGCUGUAAAUGUCAGUACAAGCACAUCGUGGACUGGUGCGGCUGCUCCCCCAACGACUUCAAACCUUCAGAUCUGCCACGCUUCCAGCAAGCAUCCCGACCCACCUUCUUUGCCCGGAAGUUUGAGGCCAGCGUCAGUCAGGACAUCAUCAACCAGCUGGACUCGUACCUGUUCGGGACGUACCCCCCGGGUACCCUGGGGCUCCAGGCCUACUGGGAGAACAUCUACGAGCAGGAGACGGACGGCCCAGCUAGCCUGUCGGACUCCACGCUCAGCCACUACCACGCCUUCGCUCGCAUGGGGCUGACCCGCGCCGCCAGCUCUCUGCAGGGACAUCCCAACGACAACAGCUGCAGGUACAUCACCAUGAACCACCCGGUGUCGGUUCACCUUUACUUCCUCUCAGACCAGUUCCAGGGCUACCUGGUGCGUCACAUGGCCACCAACAGAGCCUCGACCCAGCUGGAGACCCUGGAGACCUGGGUGACCCCUAAAGACCAUUUCAGCCUAGCGAAUCCUGUCCAUCCAACCAACAGGCUGCAGCACGUCCAGGUCGGGACUGACUGGGAUCCUAAGGAGCGUCUCUUCAGGAACUGGGGGGGUCUUGUGGGACCAGAGGAUGAGCCAGUGGCUGUACAGCGCUGGAGCCGUGGUCAGACUAACCUGACGGCCACUGUGGUGUGGAUCGACCCCACCAACGUCAUCGCCGCCACCUAUGACAUCCUGGUGGACGCCUCAGCUGAGGUCACCCACUACCGACCGCCGCUUACGCUCCCUCUGAGGCCUGGUGUGUGGACGCUGAGAGUGCUGCAUCACUGGAACCCGCUCGGUCAGACCAGCUUCAUCGUGGUGCCGCUGGAGUUCCACCGACAGCAACCUAUACUGCAAGAGGAUGCUCUGCGGUUACACGGCGGCCCGGCCAGAAACUCCUACAUGGAGCAAAGUUUCCACGGCCUGAACCCGGUGCUGCGGCUGCCGGUGAGCCUCGGCGCUGUGGAGGAGGCAGAAGCCAAUGCUGGCCUGACGGGGGCGCCGCUGCGUCGCUGGCUGGACCAUCUGCUGGAGGGCCACUGGUCGGCCUCGGAUGUCUGCUCCACGGGGCCCAGCGCCUGUCCUGUCAUGCAGCGCUGUCCUCAAACCGUGUGGAGCUCCGCAAGCCCCGACCCCAAAUCUGAACUGAGCACGCCCAGAGAGGACGGGAGGAUCAGGUAGCAGACGGAUGGACAGAGGGGGGGAUAAAUGAAGGAAGACGCAGACUGGAGUCUGUUUGUGUCUGGUAUUUAUUUAUUUAAAGUUUGAACAGAGUCGGAGUGAACAACGGCGCUCAGGAGGUGAGGACGGGGAGAGAAACGGACCCAGACAGUGAGGACAGAGAUCCUCUGUCACUCCUCUCUCUCUGUGAGCUGAUCUCACUCAUGUUUGAACUACAACGUGAGUGAGUGUGUGUGUGAGUGUGGAAGUGUGUGUUUAAAGAUCUCUUUACCUCCUGCUGUGAGGGUUUUCUCUGGGUUAAGGUAUGAACGAGAGUUUGACUGCCAUCACUGAAAACAGACGUGGUUGCUCAUUCUUAGGCUCAUUCUCAGAACAGCUUUGUCUCACUUUUAUUUAAAUCUUUUUUAUAUUGACUUUAUAUUGACUAUCUUAAUACACGCCGUAAACCCUUUCUCAAUUUAACUGGAGCUUCUAAGGGAAUCUAAAAUCUAAGACCAGGUUUUAUGUCGGGAAAGGCUUAAACUCGAAAAUCCUCUUUCUAAAUAAAAUCAAACUUUGACUGGCCAUAUGCUAGAUGUGCAUUACAAAACAUGAGACCACAGACAUAAGCCCCGCCCACAGAGAUGGCUGGGCCACUGAAAUAACUUUUUGCAGGUCCUACCAUGGCUUUACACUCUGACAUUACUGUCCUGGUCCAAUGAAUCGAUAAACAAGGGCUAACAUUGUCUGUAAAUAUAAGCCCAUAGCAGCAGUGAAAAUGGGCUCAGAUUGCCUGUAGAUUUUUGCCUAUAUCAGUUAUUAUUUGCUGUCAAUAUUGGCCUAUAACAGCAGAUGUAAAUCUUGAACUAUAUUUGCUGUAAAAAUGGGUUUAUAUUGGCUGUACAUAGCUUUUAUCAGGUUUAGACAUUUGCUCUAUUGGCUGUACAUAUUGAUCAGUAUUAUAAGCUGUAAAUAUCGGCCUAUCAGCUUUAAAUACUGGCAUA